GUUGGCGUUUGCUUUGUUUUGAAACAGAAGAAGAGUAGCUUCUACUUUGUACUACUCUACACUCCACUCUCUCUUCUUCUACUGCUAAACCCCAUUAUUACAUUUUUUUUUUCUUGUCCUUAUAUAUAUAAAUAAAUAAAAUUAACUUUCUCAUGUGUUGUUCUCUCUACCAUUGAGCAAUCAAAAAGAAUCUUGGGAGAUCAGGGAGGUCAUCGUCGUCAUUUCUGCGCUCAAGAUUAACAUAACGACCUCGCGCACCCAGGAACAGGGUAUUGUGUUGUGUAGCUGAAGGACAUGGAGAGAAGCAAUCCGGUGAGGAAGCCACACACUUCAACUGCAGAUCUGCUUACGUGGCCUGAAACUCCCAUUUCUGAUUCCCCAGCUCCUCCUUCCUCCGCCGUUCGUUCUCACCAGCCGUCGGAUGGGAUCAGGAAGGUGGUGUUUGGUGGUCAGGUCACCGAUGAAGAGGUGGAGAGCUUAAAUAAAAGAAAGCCUUGUUCGGAUUAUAAGAUGAAGGAGAUAACUGGUAGUGGAAUAUUUGUAGCCAAUGGAGAAGAUGACGCCUCAGAAGCUGGCAGUGACAACCCAAAUAAGACUGGAGUGCGUAUGUAUCAGCAAGCGAUUUCUGGAAUCAGCCAUAUCUCCUUUGGCGAGGAGGAGAGUGUUUCUCCAAAAAAGCCCACUACUUUGCCUGAGGUGGCCAAGCAGCGUGAGCUAAGUGGAACUUUGGAAAGUGAAGACUCUAUAUUGAAAAAGCAACUCUCUGAUGCGAAGUGCAAGGAGCUUAGUGGUCAUGACAUAUUUGCUCCACCACCAGAAAUCAAACCCAGGCCAAUAACUCCUCGCAUACUGGAGUUGAAAGGGAGCAUAGACAUUGCUGACGGAGAUCAAGGCGAUACCAACUCUGCUGGGAAGACAGCAAAGAAGAUCUAUGACAAGAAAUUUGCAGAACUUUCAGGGAAUGACAUAUUCAAAGGGGAUGCACCGCCUUCAUCUGCUGAGAAAUCAUUGAGCGGGGCCAAACUACGAGAGAUGAGUGGCAGUAACAUCUUUGCUGAUGGGAAGGUAGAAGCUAGAGACUACCUAGGUGGUGUACGGAAGCCACCCGGUGGCGAGAGCAGCAUUGCCUUGGUAUAAUUUAUUAGGGUCUAACUUAUCUUCAUACUGUCUUGUUUUGUUUUAAUUAAUUUUUAGUGGGGAUGUGUUAUUAUAUUAUUUGACCUUGUAUUCUGGGUUUUGGGAAUUGGUGUUUUAGGUUUCUUGAUGUCUUUUGACCAAAAAGGACCAUCGGCUAAUUGGUUGUAUGUCCAUAAUCCUGUGUUUUCCUGUGUUUGCUUUUAAUGAAGUGAUUUGAACUGUUUACUUGA